AUGGCGGAGUGGGCCGAGAAACUCCAAGGCUUCGUUUUCGAUCUUCCCUAUAUUUCCCAGGGCGGCUCAGGUGCAGUGUUCGCCUUGGACGACAAGACCGUCAUCAAGGUCGCCAUUGGAAGCGAGGAGGAUCAUGGCGACCACAUGGUUGAGCGGGAAAUCUACGGGCGCCUCGGUCACCACCCACGCAUUGUCAAAUGUAUCUCCAUCCACGACAAAGGAAUCAUCCUCGAGAGGCUCCAAUACCCGUUGCGGCUGCGACUCAUUGAACUCCGGCAGAAAAAUGAACUACCGGCUGAGGCACAAAUUUUCAAAUGGUCCAAGCAGACUAGCGAGGCGAUGCAGGACAUCCAUGGAAAGAGUGUUCUUCAGGUUGACAUUGGGACUCACAAUCUCCUGCUCGACCAUCAAGACAACAUCAAGCUAUGUGACUUUGCUGGCUCUUCGAUAGACCACGGGGAGCCUACGGUGUUACCUGGUGGUCAUGAGGGGUUUCAAUUAUUUAUCGGUAACAAAAAGCCGAGCAUACACACUGAACUGUAUUCUCUGGGCUGCAUCAUAUUCGAGAUUUCAACAGUGUGGCAGCCCUACCAUGGCAAGACAGACAGGGAGAUCGAGGAGCUAUACAAGGCCGGCGGCUUUCCAGAUACCGACCGUCUGAUUUUGGGAUCCGUGAUCCGAAAAUGCUGGACUUUUCAAUACAGCAGUGCCGACGAGGUUGUGGACGAGAUAGACAGAAUCAUGGAUGAGCAUUCGAUGAAGACUGCGGCUGGGUGUAUCUGA